AUGUAUUAUGCAGAUAAGGAACGGUCAGAACUUGUGUCAGUCGACGAGAACAAACUUCACCAUACUGUGAUGGUUGCGAACGCUGGCCACCCCGACGGAAUUCAAGUUGAUAAAGAGAAAAAAGUAAUUUAUUGGACUGAUAUGGGCUCCAAAAGAGUAGGUGAGUUGUUUCCAGAGAGCGACGGUUCUGUCUGCUCGAGCAACUGGAAUGGAACUGAUAAAAGAAUAUUGGUUGGAGAAGGUUUAGUCUAUACCCCCAAGCAACUUCAACUCGACAAGAAAAAUCAAGUCCUGUAUUUUUGUGACAGAGAGGGAGGAAGGGUCAUGAGAUGUAGAGCUGAUGGAUCUGAAUUGGAGACAUUGGUUCAGAGGUCUGCUGCCACUAACACUUACCCCAAAGAGCCCUUGGACUAUUGUGUAGGAAUUGCUGUUGAUAACAAAUCAAAGGUCCUUUAUUGGACUCAGAAGGGACCUUCGAAAGGAAAUAGGGGGAGAAUUUUCAUGGCUAAUUUGGAGAUCCCAAAGGGUGAAUCGGCAGACACACGUUCAGAUAUUACUCUGCUACUUGAUAACCUUCCUGAGCCAAUUGAUUUAGCGCUGGAUGAAAAAAAAGAGAUGUUAUAUUGGACAGACAGAGGGUCCCCACCCUAUGGAAAUACGUUGAACCGAGCCCGCAUAAUAGGACGGAGUUUGGAAAAACAUGAAAUAUUGUGUACAGGCUUUAAGGAAGCGAUAGGUUUGUCAUUCAAUGAAACAUACGAGAAAAUUUUUAUAGGUGAUCACAGCGGAAAGAUUUAUAGCUAUUCAAUUGGCACGAAAGCUGUUAACAUUCUGUUAGAUGAUGCAGAUGCGAUCACUGGCGUGUGUUCAUAA